AUGGCUCAGUACGCGCGGGGGGCAGCUGCAGUGGCCGUGAUCCGAAUUUGCAAUCCUCCGCUCAAUACGCUCAGUGUUAAAACAUUACUGGCUUUACAACAAGAAGUGAAGCAUGCAAAUAUUGAUCCCACUGUGAAAGCUGUUGUGAUUUGUGGUGCAAAUGGCAAAUUCAGUGCAGGUGCUGAUAUCAAACUGUUUUCCAGCCCUGAUUUGGGAAAUGGGCCCAGUCUGGCGUCAGUAAUUGAUUUAAUAGAGAAGAGUGACAAACCAAUGGUGGCUGCAAUUGAAAGUCUGGCACUAGGAGGAGGCUUGGAAGUGGCAUUGGGCUGUCAUUACAGGAUUGCACACAUGCAGGCACGGGUCGGUUUGCCUGAGGUGACACUGGGCCUACUUCCUGGGGCUGGUGGGACUCAACGGCUUCCCAGACUGAUUGGAGUACCAGCUGCACUUGAGAUCAUCACAACAGGAAAGCACAUACGGGCAGCUGAAGCACUGAAACUGGGAAUCAUCGAUGAAAUUGUAGAAGAAAAUACGGUUGAAGCGGCAAUACAUUUAGCAGAAAGAGUGUCUGGUCAACCACUGGGACCUCGUAGGCUCUGCUCAAAACAAAUUCCCAGGCUACCCAACAUGGAAGCCAUCAUUGAAGAGGCACUGGUGAAAGUGAAGAAGCAGGCCCGUGGGUUUCUUGCACCAGAAAUGUGCUUCCAAGCUGUAGAAGCCUCCUUGCAUUUGCCCUUUGAGGAGGGAAUCCGCAAAGAGAGAGAACUCUUUCUCUUCCUGUUGUCUUCGGGCCAGGCGACAGCAUUGCAAUAUGCCUUCUUUGCACAAAGAAACAUGGAGAAAUGGACGUUGCCCAGUGGAGCAUCCUGGAAAACUGCGGCCCCUCGGCCAAUCCAGAGGGCGGCUGUGAUAGGGCUGGGAACAAUGGGCCGAGGCAUCGUGGCCUCUUUGGUGAAGGCGAAGGUUCCAGUUGUGGCUUUGGAGCAGGAUAAGAAUCAUUUAGAGCAAGGAAGAGGAGCCGUGAUGGCCUUCUUAGGUGGUGAAGCUUUAAGAAUGCAACAGAACAACCAAAUGUUGGAUGUCCAGAAACCAGGCCUGCUUCACUUCACACUGGAUUUUAGUUCCCUGCGAGAUGUAGAUCUGGUUAUUGAGGCUGUUUUUGAAGACAUGGCAGUGAAGAAGGAGAUCUUCCACAAGUUAUCUACAAUCUGCAAACCUGAGGCCUUUCUGUGUACUAAUACCUCUUGUCUAGAUAUUAAUGAGAUAGCUGCUAUCACUCGCCGUCCACACCAGGUCAUUGGUACCCAUUUUUUCGCACCAGCUCAUAUAAUGAAAUUGCUGGAGGUAAUCUAUGGUCAGCAUACAUCUCCUACUGCCAUUGCCACUGUUAUGAGCCUAGGCAAAGCUAUGGGGAAAAUUGGGGUUGUAGUAGGGAAUUGUUUUGGCUUUGUUGGGAACCGAAUGUUGAUUCCUUAUAGAGACCAAAUGAAUUUCCUCAUAGAAGAGGGCAGUACUCCUGAAGAAAUAGACAAAGCUCUAGAGGAAUUUGGUUUCAAAAUGGGGCCCUUCCUGGUAUCAGAUCUCUCUGGGCUUGACGUUGGUUGGAGAAUAAGGAAAGAGCAAGGCCUGACUGGAGCCAGACUACCUCUUAGCACACCUCCUCGUCAUCGAAAUGGCAUACGAUACAGCCCACUUCCUGACAUCUUAUGUGAGAAAGGGAGAUAUGGACAGAAAACUGGCAAGGGGUGGUACCAGUAUGAUAAACCUGGUGGCAGAGUCCCCAAGUCAGAUCCAUGGCUUCAUUAUUUCCUUUCUGACUAUAGGAAUGCCCAUAAUAUUAUGACACGCACUAUAACCCAGGAUGAGAUCUUGGAGCGCUGUCUCUAUUCCCUUGCCAAUGAGGGUUUCCAGAUACUGUCUGAGGGAAUAGCUUCAUGCCCGGAAGCCAUUGAUACUGUCUAUAUCAAUGGCUAUGGCUGGCCCAGACAUAGGGGUGGCCCUAUGUUUUAUGCCUCUCAAGUCGGUUUAUCUACAGUUCUAGCAAAACUGCAGAAGUAUGCAGAGGCUAAUCCUGAUAUACCCUCACUACAGCCCUGUCCUCUUCUGCAGAAGCUUGUAGCCUUGGGUAGUCCUCCUGUGAGUAAGUGGUCAUCAUUUGUGGAAUCUCAGAACAGUAAACUGUAAUCGCACUACAAUUUAUGUUUUUAGAUUAAAUAUUCUUAGAGCUAUGGUCCAAUCUAAAUUGAGCUAUAGCACAUUGUAGAACAUUGCCUCUACCUUUUCUG